AUGAGAUCAAGAGGGCUGCCAAAUUCGCAAGGUCUCAUAGCCAUCCUGAUGAGCUACGCCGCCGGCCAAGCUCGACAGUGCCUGUUGAUUACUGUGGAUUGGUAUCGACUACCAUCGCCUACAUUCAACAGAGACGCCGUCUACAGCACAAACUCUGACGUGCCUGGCGAGAAACGCGACGUACCCAACCCACCUUGGAAGUCCUCCCACCGCGGUGCCGGUUUGUACGCAAUCGACGGCAGUUCCGACGACGAGGCGACCGCUUCCCCUCAGCGGGUGGCUUUUCCGUGCCAUGAGUCGUUGGCAACGACCAAUCCCUGUGCUACGAUCUCUGCGGAUGGAACGGAUUACUCGUUGGCCAUCUAUGGCAUUGAGUCGAAUCAAACGUCCAACUUAAUUCACAUGCGUGAUUUCCUGAUCAGGGUGCAGGACUGCCAACCACCCCGCGGCGAGGAGAUGCUAAGCAUCACGCUGGGCAAGGCCCAGGGCCUCGGAGGCAUGUUCUAUGUGACUCUUCUGCCACUGCUGCUGGAGUUCCCCAAGCUCUCUGAGGACGACGACGUCGAUCAGAUUUUCGAGCCCGUGUCUGUGGCCGAAGCCACCGAGGAAACUACCGCAGAUUUUUAA